UGCAGGUUAAUAAGAAAAAGCAAAGUAUUCACACGCAGUUUUCACAUCACCACUGCAAUGAACACUAUCCCAUUAUUAUAGCGGUUCUCUCUGCGUUGCCUCCUCCUUUCUUUCCUCUCCAAAAUCAAAAAGCAAACCCUCGUCAAGAAAACCAAAUGCAGCUUAACGUUUCGACUCCUCUCCGAUGAGAGUGCAGAGCAUCUCUGAUCGUUUUAAUUUAACGUGGCAUUAAAGAGCUCCCGAGAGUCUCGUACUUCGAGCUCUCUGAAACUGAAAAAAAAAAAAAAAAGAAAGAGAAGGAACCCAAACCACUGAUCCACAGAUUUCUCAGUAAAUUAAAUUUUGCCUCUCUGUACGAGAAGACUUCUCUCAUUUUUUCGGAGAAUUUCAAAACAACAAUGCUGACGUGCAUACCUCGUUCAAAGCAAGCCGGUGAUGACUCACUGAGUCAACCCGAGGAAAUCGACUCUUCCACUACUCCUAGCACUAAGCAGAACCAAGCCAUCAAAUCUCUCACUUCUCAGUUGAAGGAUAUGGCGCUAAAGGCGUCGGGGGCGUACAGGCACUGCAACCCGUGCACGGCGCAGAGUCGGUUGGGGAACUCGAACGAGUCUGACGCGGACUCGGACCGGUUCAGGUGGUCGUAUCGUAGGACGGGAAGUUCGAGCUCGGCGACGCCGAGAACGUGGGGGAAGGAGAUGGAAGCGAGGUUAAAAGGGAUAUCGAGUUCGAGCGGCGAAGCGACGCCGAAAUCGGUGAGUGGACGCCGAGUCGAAUCGAUCGUGUUUGUCGAAGAAAGUGAGCCUAAAGAGUGGGUCGCCCAGGUGGAGCCCGGCGUGCUCAUCACCUUCGUUUCGCUUCCGCGUGGCGGCAACGAUCUCAAACGGAUCCGGUUCAGUCGGGAAAUGUUUAACAAAUGGCAAGCUCAAAGAUGGUGGGCAGAGAAUUAUGACAGGGUUAUGGAACUUUACAAUGUCCAGAGGUUUAACCGUCAUGCAUUUCCACUACCAACACCCCCGAGAUCUGAAGACGAGAGUUCAAAAAUGGAAUCAGCAGAAGAAAGCCCCGUAACACCACCACUCACUAGAGAGCGCUUACCUCGUAAUUUAUACCGCCCAACAGGGAUGGGCAUGGGCUACUCAUCCUCAGAUUCACUUGAUCAGCACCCAAUGCAGGCCCGGCAUUAUUGUGACUCUGGUCUUACCUCAACUCCAAAACUUUCCAGUAUUAGUGGUGCCAAGACAGAGACAUCAUCAAUGGAUGCCUCUAUGAGGAGUAGCUCAUCAAGAGAGGCUGAUCGCUCUGGAGAGCUAUCCAUCAGCAAUGCGAGUGAUCUUGAGACUGAGUGGGUUGAACAAGAUGAACCAGGGGUCUACAUUACUAUCAGAGCCUUGGCAGGAGGCAAAAGGGAGCUUAGGCGAGUUAGAUUCAGCCGGGAAAGAUUUGGAGAGAUGCAUGCUAGACUGUGGUGGGAAGAGAACCGCGCCAGGAUACAUGAACAAUACUUGUAAACAAAGUUGGCUAGCUGUCGCUGCCGGCGCUUUCUAAAUUGUGGGGGUGUGUAUUUUCUCAUUUGUUCUGCCAUACUUGUAGAAUCCCUUCUACAGAUACCUGAGCAGGUGCUGCUGGCAAGUGGCACCCUGUUCGUAUUUGGGCAGCUAAGUUUUUCCAGCUUCAUCGUAAGCUUUAGAAAUAUGGUGGUGGGAUGUGGGAACUCCAAUUUUAUAUUAUUAGUUUCUUAAAAAUGUGUUAAUGAUGGAUAAAGAGCAACAACUGUGUAUUUGGAAUGGGGUGGUGGUAAAAGAAUAUAAUAUAAUAUAUUAUAAUAUCAGAUAUCAAUGAAAGAAUGUGUUUCCUCCUCCUC